AUGUCCCGCCAUCAAUAUGAUUUGGUGCAGUGUAUGAAACAAAUGGGUGCUCAAGUGGGCAAAGUAUGUGGUAAUUGUGAAGGCAGAUGUCCGAUCUGUGAUUCGUACGUGAAGCCAACGGUUGAGGUGCGGAUUUGCCAGGAGUGUUCCCAGGGCCAUCUCAGAGAUCGAUGUAUCCUCUGUGGACAUCGAUUUACGGAAGAGGAUCUGGGGGUCGAAGCGUUCUAUUGCUUGGAGUGUGUGAGGUUGGAGAAGCACCGAGAGGGGUGUCCUCGGAUUCUCAAUAUGGGUAGUUCUAAGAGUUCGAUGAUCAUGGAUAAGAAGAAGGUUGGACCGGGGCUAGAGAGGUUGACAGGUUAG